UCUGACGCUCGAGUGUGCCGCGAAAUUGUCGUGCGCGAUCGAUAUGUGAUGACCGGCGUCAGUCGUCGGAUAUCAAGUUGGUGUUGCUUGCGCGCGGUGGUGUGAACGUGUCUUCUUACAUCGGACAUUAACGUGCUACGUACGCGUGCACGCGGGAAAUUGCUCGUGACGGGUGAAAGAACGAGAGAGAGAGAGAGAGAAAUACGCGCGCGCGCGCUCGUCGCGUGCACAUGUAUGUGUGCAUUAUCUCCGACAGCGGCGAACAAUUCCUCUCCGGUAGCCGUGUCGAGACCGAAUUAGAGCUCGAACUCACGACACCGCACGAUAUUGCUCACGACUGCAAACCGAUAACCGCGCGAUUCCGCGUGCAAGAAACCGAAGUCCGAAGGAGCUCCACGCCAGAUGGUCGUCGUGCUCAUUUUGGAAAUAUACCGCUUAGGGAUCGCUCUACAUCUACAAGCAGAUAUACUGUUUCACAAAGACUAACGGAAGGAAUUUUGAACUGUGAGAAAGAUGCCUGCAGUCAGCGUCUGCGAUCCUAUUGCAGCCAGGCUUCACUGCGCUCUAAAUAACAGUCCGUCUAAAACCACAGAUGAUCUGUCGAUCGAGCUAGUGAGCAAUGCCUCACGGAUCAUACAAACAGAAAUCCGUUAUGAGGAAUUGAAAGAUUUCCAAGUGACAAGUCAGGUGCAAGCUAAUUGUAACAUCUUCCUCAACUUGUCUCCUUCUGAAAAUUUAGAGGGGAACAAAGGAAAAGAUAGUGCAAUCUAUAAGAAGAAUGAUAUAAACAAGGGACCGAUUCUACCAGAACCAAGUGUUACUCUCUAUUCUCCCAAAAAGGUUCAUCUUGGAUGGAAAGGCACGUGUCCAGUCGGAGCUGGCAUGUACAACGUUGGAAAUACUUGUUAUCUGAACAGCACUCUUCAGGCAUUGUUUCAUGUUCCAGCUCUCGUCAAUUGGUUGCUGUCUGAUCCACAUCAUAAUUCCAAGUGCGAGCAAAACAUUUUAGAUGGCGGUGGAGAAUGCCUUACAUGUGCAGUAGCCAAGACUCUGCAGUUCAGUCAUCAAAAGUCUGGUGGUGCAAUCAAACCGUUUUAUGUGUAUAAUAAACUAAAACUCAUUUGCCGAACUAUGGUGCCUGGACAACAAGAAGAUGCUCAUGAAUUUUUACGCUAUUUAUUGGAAGGAAUGGAACGCGCGUAUUUGACUAGGCAUAAAGCAACUAAGUUGGAUAGCUAUUCUAAGGAAACGACACCUAUUAAUCAAAUAUUUGGUGGAUAUAUACGUACUGAAGUGAAGUGCCUGCAAUGUCAACAUGUUUCUACCACGUUUCAACACUUUCAAGAUUUGCUUGUGGAUAUACGCAAGGCGAAUACACUGGAUGAAGCAUUAAAUAGUUACUUCAGUAGAGAACAAUUGGAUAACAAUGACUAUAAAUGUGAAGCCUGCAAGAGGAGAGUUCCUGCUACAAAACAAUUUACUCUGGAGCGUCCGCCAAAAGUGUUGUGUGUACAGUUAAAACGAUUUAGCUAUUUAGGAGGAAAAAUAUCUAGACACAUCGGUUUUAAACAGACUAUAGAUAUGGGCCAAUAUUUGUGGAGAGAACCGGGCGAAUCUUCCAAACAGCUAACUUAUAAACUUAUGUCAAUGGUAACGCACAUGGGCCCUUCUGUAAACUGUGGCCACUACACGGCAAUUGCACAAGUAUCGAGCGGUCAAUAUUAUUCCUUCGACGAUUCUUGCGUUCGCCCAAUAAGCCUUAAUAAUGUAUUAAGUACAAAUGCGUAUAUUAUGAUUUUCGAAAUGGAAAAUGAUAGUCAAAAUCAACAAAGCGUGAAAAUGAAUGGCACAACAUCGGCAAAGAAUAUGCCGACUUCGCUUUCCAAUUCUACAAAUAAGUCUUCUAUAUCUAAAUCUUUGAUGUCUGCUGGAUGUUUUGCAAACGGAUCGUCAAGUGGAUUAGCAAAUGACUUCAGUAGUACGAGUAAACCAACGUUAAUCGGUCCGCAACUCCCACCACAAAGAAAUAUAGAAUUAAAUCUUCCUGUACAAAAAUCCAAUGAAUCCGUUAGUACACAAUUGCCACAGAAAACGCAGGAUAAAUCGCAACCAAGGUUAGUUGUGCACAUUAAAAACGGAAAGGUUCUGAAUGGAAACAGUUUAGUGCCCUAUGAUGGUUCCAGUGAGGAAGAAGAUUGUUCCUCUGGGACAGGGAUUUCAAAAAGUCAAAUAUCAAAUACUGUAUCUCGAAUUAAUAUCACGAAUGGUGUGCCAAAAUGCCUUGCGAAAGAUGUAAUAAAAACAAAUUCCUCCAAUUCUAAAGAGUUGCAAAAAACUAAUUCCAAGAGCAAUACCGUCGGCGUGUCAACAAUGACGACGCAAGUUACAAUUGUAGAUUGUACAAAAAUGCAAAAUGGAUCCAACAGUAACGGUCGGAUAAAUGUGCUGAAACAUCAAAAUGGAAAAAUUGAAACAAAUGGUCAGUUUGAGCAGCGCGAUAAAGAUAAAUGUCGCCAGACUAUCAGAAAAAAUGGACAAGAAGAAAUCAUAUCUACGAAGGCUAUAACUAGCAACGUUAAAAACUGGCAAAUCAAGGAUACUCGUAUUCUCAGUGGGUCUACUAAUGGAUGGUCAUAUACUGACAAUAGGGAGGAUACUAAAUCAAAUCAAAGUAGUACGACACCGAGUGCCGCAGCUGUGCGAAAUUUUAACGGUACCAAUGAUUCGGACGCUGUUUCACACUUAUUAAAAAUGUCACAUCGCGGAUAUGGCAGUUCCUCAGUAAUGAAUUGGAAUGGCAAUAGAACACAGAUCGACCGCAAUGUUGAUAAUGACAGGAGAGAGGAACGUAAACGUCAUUUUAACGCUGACGAUGAGGAAAUAGAUAAAGGCCGGACAAAGAAGAUUAAAGACCACACGAAUCGUCGGUCAUAUGAAGAGAGAUCCAAUACAAGCUACAAGUCAUUUCACAAAUGGAAUCGACCAGUUAAUGGUUAUCAUCAUCAUAAUCAUCACCAUCAUCAUCAUCAUCAUCAUCAUCGAAGAUAUCCUUACAAUACUUCUUAUGCACGGCCACGGCACGGAAACAAUUAUAGACCGCCACAUUAUAGACAUCACUCUUAUAGAUAUCUAUAGAUAUCACUAAUGCUCAUUCUCGCUGUCAUUAGCAAAGUGAACGACUGGCAGAGAUGUAUAAA